AUGGCCGCACGCAACACCGGCCGCGACCCCUCCAAUGGCGAUUCAUCCUAUGAGCAUCCCUCCUUCUACCGUCUCUCCCUCAGCUUUCUCUUCUCUCGUCCCACCCCGCAACGGCAUGACAUUUCCCUCUGCUUCCAUGACGAAUGGCUACGGCGCGACACCACCACCACCUCCUCCUCCUCCUCUCCCUCCUCGUACACGCUGCACUUCCAUCGACCCGGCCACGUCUCCCUCUGCUCGAUUCUAGAUACCGACGGCCUCGACGAUGAUCAUAACCCCGACCACCCCGACCGCUGCACAGGACAGUCUCUCUGCGUUGCCUCUAUACAUGUCCCCCCGCCCUCGAUAUACUCUGCCCCUGACAUGAUAUUGAUCCCCGGCCACACGCCUUCUCCCCGCCAGAAUCUGCCGCCCCUAAUCACUCUCCGACUGCUGCUUAUCGUCCUGCUUCUCACCCUCAUCUUCUUCUCUAUCCUUGUUCCCUUGGGCCCAUCGUUCCUAUACAAGAAUCCCCAAUACCACCACUUUCACCAUCUAUUUACCAAAUCUCCCACUCGGCUGAUCAACACAAAUCAGAUGCUUUCGUACUACGAGCUCCUUUUACACCGACUUUUUCCCCUCAAACUCCUCCAUCAUGAUGCCCCAGCAGCUGCCGGCUUCCCCUCAAACUCCUCUUCCUCUAGGUGUGCCAUUUGGUGGCCUCCCCAGCAAAUCCUCUUCUACUCGGAUACCGUCGGAGAGCUAUCUAGCCUUGCCAGUUACGGACCGACGACCACCACUACCCGACAGGCUUUUGUCAAGCUUGCCACUCAGGCGAAAGAGGCUGCCAGCUUGAUCCAUUCCUUUGCCGCCAACGACGACCUCGAACUCGAGUCAGACCUGCUUCUACUUCUUAUCGACAUCGAAGAAAUGGCCUCAAAUGAAUCCACAUCGACGUCGUCAUCGUCGUCGUCGUCGUCGUCGUCGCCGCCGCUUUCGCCCAAAGCAUCAGCCGAGGCACUCGCCUCAGUGUUUCUAGCUGCAUUUGAACCGUCACAGCAAUGGCUUACGGCAUUAGAAGAACAGCUCACAAUGCUAGAGCAGCAUCUCCAUCAAACCCAGUUGCUCGAAAAGAUUGCCCUUAAUAAUCUGCUAGAGGGUGGUGUUGCUAUUGCUGAGGGAAAGACGACGUGGUGGAGUGAGGACGUUGCCUUCUACGUUAAGCGUCUUCAAGGAGAGAUGAUACCCCGCCGCGAUAUCGUACGAGGCCUUGUGAAUGAAGCACUCCUUGGAGUCCAGACGGCACAGGAGACAAUGGCUGCCUCGAUUCAACGCCUAGAACAAGUAGCAGCAGCAGCAGCAAUGGGAAAGAGGUUGGGCUGGGACUUUUCUGAGCCUAGAGUGCUAAUGCGCCAAGUGUCACAAGUAAUCCGUCGCACAAGGGAGUCAAGGGCGCAGGUGGCCUUGUGGGAUUCAAGAAUGGGGGCCUCUGGAUUGCAGCAGAUGGCUGUUGACACACCGUUGGAACGGCGCCUGCGGUCAAUGGAUAGGAGGGCAAAGACCAAAUGGGAGUGGGUAGCUAGGAUAUGGCCUCUCGGAGCCGGUCGGGAGGAGGAUGAGGAGGAGGGAGACGUCGUCGACGAGAAGGCACAAAAGGAAGAAGCGUUUGCUCAGGAGCGCGUGCUUGACGAGGGGACAGGAGCAACAACGCCUUCUUGUACUCAUAGCGAGUGGUUGUUCGCCGCGUCGAGCACAAGGUUGGUUUCCACCACGGCGACAAGACGGACAGGCCCGCGAUCGUGA